GACCUUUUCAAGAAGCAUCCACGAUUACAAAUGGAAGAAUCAAGGCCGAGAACGCCCGGUAAAGACUAGCGCAAGCACAAGAUCGGGAGCGGGGAAGAGACAAAGCAAUUGAGGUCACCAUGGAUUCAAAGGCUCUAAGAAGCGGCGGAGGCCUUCUCGAAGGGAUUUACAGGGUGAUCAUGCGCCGCACCUCCGUCUACGCCACAUUCGUCAUCGCCGGCGCUUUCGUCGGAGAACGGGUUGUGGACUAUGGUGUUCAUAAACUCUGGGAAUACAACAAUAUUGGGAAACGUUAUGAAGACAUUCCAGUCUUGGGGCAAAGGCAAUCAGAAGAAUGACUUGUUGAAUUCCUUCCCUUGGCGAUUUUUAAGUCCAUUCUUGUUUGGGAGGCAUCUUCUUAUUUGAAAGCUUUGUGCAUGUUUGUAAAAAAUAUUAUAUUCUUGGGUGCAUCAGACAUUUUCAAGCACGGUUCCGUUCAUCCUGGCUGUUUGGGAGUCAUAGAAAUUUGUCUGGGAACAUUUAUCUCCAGGUUCACUUUCUGAGACUCUGAUCAGAUUCUCUCAUUUCCGCAUUCUGGUGGUUGGUUUUAACCACGAGUAAUGAUCGUGAUUUUUCUGUGGGAAACUAUGGAAGUAUGUGUUGAUCCCUAUCUUUGGGACGAAUAUUUGGGCAUAGGUGGAUGUUCAACCGGGUGUUAAGUAGCAAGGGAUAUUGUAUGAAUUGAAUUUAAUCCUUUAAAUAAUUUUCGUUUGACUACUUA